AAACAACUUGAAGUGUUCUUCCUCUAUUUUGUUCCUUGACUCACUCUCUCUCUCUCUCUCUCUCUCUCUCUCUCUCUUUCUCUUACUAACUACAAGACCCUGAAUUUACAAUACAGAAAAUAAAAAAAAAAAUGGAGGGGAAUGGAUGUUUUGGUAGUUUCAUUCAAAGGUGUAAGCCUUACAUAGCAAUGAUAUCUCUGCAAUUUGGCUAUGCUGGCAUGAAUAUCAUUACUAAGGUUUCCCUCAACCGUGGGAUGAGUCAUUACGUGCUUGUCGUCUACAGGCACGCCUUUGCCACAGCUGCUAUUGCUCCUUUCGCUAUUGUUCUUGAAAGGAAAGUGAGGCCAAAGAUUACAUUUCCCAUUUUCAUGCAAAUUUUCGUAUUGGGUCUUCUUGGGCCUGUGAUUGAUCAAAACUUUUACUACGCCGGGCUAAAAUUCACGUCGCCUACCUUCUCUUGUGCCAUGAGCAACAUGUUACCAGCAAUGACAUUCGUUAUGGCCGUUCUUUGCCGAAUGGAGAAAGUGGACUUAAAGAAAGUGAGAUGCCAGGCAAAGGUGAUUGGAACUAUCGUGACAGUGGCUGGAGCUAUGCUCAUGACUCUGUACAAAGGUCAUGUUAUCAAUUUGAUUUGGUCUGAUCAUGUCCACACUCAUACAUCCUCUGCUCCUGUCACCACUGGAUCUACUGACAAAGACUGGCUUAAGGGUUCAAUUCUUCUCAUCAUUGCCACUCUUGCUUGGGCCUCAUUCUUCAUUCUCCAGGCAGUGACGCUUAAGAGGUAUGCAGCUCAGCUCUCACUCACAUCCCUUGUCUGCUUUAUGGGCACACUACAAUCCAUUGCUGUUACCUUUGUGAUGGAGCAUAGGACCUCUGUUUGGACCAUUGGCUGGGACAUGAACCUUCUUGCCGCUGCUUAUGCUGGUAUUGUGUCAUCAAGCAUUGCCUAUUAUGUUCAAGGACUUGUAAUGCAGAAAAGGGGGCCAGUCUUUGUUACUGCUUUUAGCCCUUUGAUGAUGAUUAUAGUGGCGAUUAUGGGCUCCUUUAUCCUGGCAGAAAAGAUUUAUCUUGGAGGUGUUCUUGGUGCUCUGCUGAUUGUUGCAGGACUCUACUCAGUUCUUUGGGGCAAAUACAAGGAAUACAAAGAAAAAGAAGCCGAAACGAAGCCACAACCCAUCGAGGCAAAUGAAGAGAUCAAUGAAACAAAUGACAUCGAAAUGCAAAGAAAUCAAGCAGUGGCUGUCAGUUUCCCAACUUCACUGCCAACCAUGAUAGGCAGAGAAGCACCAAGAGCUUAAUUAGCAUAGAAAAGAAGAGAGAAUUAUAUAUGAGAGAAAUAAUGGAGAGAAAAAGAAGGCUCUUUUUUGUAUCUCAGCCUCACUGUUUUUUUUUUUUUUUCCACUUUCUUUUUUUUUUUUUUCUUUUUUUUAAGCCUUUAUUUUACCUUCUGUUGAUGAAACUGUCAUAUUCUGUUGAUGAAAAUAGAAAUGAGAGACAAUGCGAAAGCUUUUUAAUUUUA